CUCAUCUUCCUCCUUCGACCCCUCAGCAUUCGAGGCCGAGAGGCUCCGCCUCGACGCGGAGGCCCGAGCGUCUAUGGCUGCCGCCGCCGCUGCCUCCGAUGCGGAGGGUGAGAGACAAGGAGGGGAUCCCAAGGCUUGGAAGUGGAAGAUCCGGAAGCGUGUCUGGGAUCUCUUGGAGGCGGAAGAUAUCGCGCGGAACCCUCGCCCCGUCCACCACCGCAUCCCUAAUUUUGCCGGCGCUGCCUUAGCCGCUGACUCGUUAGGUAAGUUGGAUGUGUUUCAAAAGGCCCAAUGCGUGAAGGUCAACCCUGACUCGCCUCAGAAACAAGUCCGGUUUUUGACACUUACAGGUGGAAAGAAGUUACUGACUCCUCAACCACGACUGAGGACUGGAUUUUUCUCAGUAUUGGCAUCUCAGACACUGCCUUCUGGUUCCAUUUUGGAGGCAUGUACCUCUGUAGGAGCUGCGAAAUAUGGUCGACCAAUUGGUCUGGAUGAAAAAAUAAAAGUUGAUUUGAUAGUUAUUGGUUCAGUUGCAGUCGAUCCAACAACAGGAGCACGACUGGGCAAGGGUGAGGGUUUUGCAGAACUCGAGUAUGGGAUGCUGCGUUAUAUGGGAGCUAUAGAUGACAACGCGAUGAUAGUAACAUCUGUUCAUGACAAGCAAUUGGUGGAUGAUAUCCCAGUUGAGAAGCUCUUAGUUCAUGACGUGCCAGUUGACAUUAUCUGCACUCCAACUCAGAUCAUCUACACCAAUACAAGAAUCCCAAAGCCUCAGGGAAUCUACUGGGAGAAGUUAUCUCCAGAAAAACUGGGUCAGAUUCGAAUUCUUCGAGAGUUGAAGAGGCGAAUAGAGCGGGAGACCGGGCAGCUGCUGCCUACUGGGCCUUCUGAGAAGCUUCCUCCCACCGCUCGACGCAGGCGGUGAGCUUUUAUGAUAUGAUCGUAGAUUACACUACCUAUAUAUUGUCUCACUGCCAUCAUCAUGCUAUAUAAACAAAUUUGGAUUACACUAUAUCAUUUUCUGAACAUUAUGUGUGAUAAAAUUUUGUGCAAGGAACAAUCCUUUUAAUAUUAUGUUAAUAUGAAUAAUCCCUUUUUUUUCCUGUAA